AUGACCGACGUCGGCGUUCCAGCGCCUUCUGCGGCCACUCCAAAUGAGUACAUCGAAAGUUUGUCUGCCGAGCAAAUCGAGCAUGACCAGAGAAUCGGCUUGAAAGCUAUCAGACUCUUCUUACAGUCCAAAACCUCAUAUGACGUGUUGCCUGUCAGCUACCGAUUGAUUGUGUUGGAUACCUCGUUGUUGGUUAAAAAGUCAUUGAACAUCUUGCUACAAAACAACAUUGUGAGUGCUCCCUUGUGGAACAACAAGACUUCUAGAUUUGCAGGCUUGUUAACGUCCAGUGAUUUCAUCAACGUCAUCCAGUACUACUUCCAGUUCCCCGAGAAGUUUGACUUGGUAGACCAGUUGACUUUGGACGGCUUGAGAGAUAUCGAGAAGGCCAUCGGAGUGGCACCCAUCGAAACCGUCUACAUCCACCCUUUCAAGUCUUUGUAUGAGGCAUGUGUGAAGAUGUUGGAAUCUAAAGCAAGAAGAAUUCCCUUGAUUGACGAGGAUGAGAAAACACACAGAGAGAUUGUGGUCAGUGUGUUGACACAAUACAGAAUCUUGAAGUUCGUUGCAUUGAACUGUAAGGAGACCAAGAUGUUGUUGAAACCCAUCAAGAAUAUUCCUGCCUUGAGCCAGGCGAAGAACAUCUCAACAUGCACGAUGAACACCCCAGUGAUUGAAGUCAUCCACCUUUUGGCACACAAGUCUGUGUCAUCUAUUCCUAUUUUGAAUGAAGAAGAGAAGUUGGUCAAUGUGUACGAGGCAGUGGACGUUUUAGGGCUCGUCAAGGGUGGCAUGUACACGGACUUGGACUUGAGCGUAGGAGACGCUCUUUUGAGAAGAGCUGAGGAUUUUGAGGGUGUUCACACUUGCACAGUCAAUGACAGAUUGAGUACCAUCAUGGACACCAUCAGAAAAUCCAGACUACACAGAUUAUUUGUUGUGGACGAGGACGGCAAAUUGGUCAGUGUGAUUACGCUCAGUGAUAUCUUGAAUUAUCUUCUCAGCGGCGAGGAGUAG